AUGUGUGCUGAGAUUAUCGAAGCAUUCCAGAAGUGCCAUGUGAAUCACCCGGUUAAGAAGUUCUUUGGCGAGUGCACAGAUCUUAAGAUUAAGCUAGACCAGUGCUUCCGGCAGGAGAAAGCUUUGAAGAGGAAGGCAAACUUUGAGGAGAGCAAGAAAUUUAAAGAACGGUUGCAGGCCUAUAAAAGGGAAAUGGCUGAGGAAAACAAGGAACACUAA